AUGCGACCGCUGCGUACAGAGCAAAUGAAGUAUGCAGCAAUGGACGCCUAUUGCUUAAUACCAAUUUACGAGCGAUUGAAAAAACUCGCUGAACAGGAAUGCAAUUUGGACUGGCAAGUGCAUAUGGAUCGUGGUAAUGUAGUGCUGGCGAAACCAAAGGCGUCGAAGAAAAAUAAGAAGAAAGUUGUGAAGGUGGANGAAGAAGAGUUAGUACGAAUGAUGGAGCGUGUCAAUGCUGCGAUUGAAGCGAGUGUGGGAGAAGAACGAAGGCCAAAAGACGUGAGAGUAGUGGUCGAUUCAAUGAUGCUGGGAUUGGGAAAACAUUUGAGAAGAUGUGGAAUUGACACGGUGUUACCUGAAACGAGACUUGCGUUGGUGGAAUGUGCGCAGAAGGAUCGAGAUAGGUACAUUUUGACGAGUGGAAAAGCUUACGAUGAGCGAAAUAUACUAAGUAAUCAGUUUUAUUGUCGUGGAAUUGGUAGUAGUAUGACAUGGUUGAAUAGUGGUCGUUGGAAUGAGUUAGAAGAGGAUUGCGAGUUGUCUCGAAAUCGAGUGCUAUACAGAAGCAAUCGAAUUUUAUGUAUACCUGAAUUACAAUCCAAGAACGCUAUUGAGCAAAUUGAAUUUGUACUGAAACUUCUUCGUGUGAAGUUGACGAAGGACGAUAUCUUCUCGCGUUGCAUGGAUGAAGAAACAACAACAACGACAACAACAGCGAAAACGGCAAAACGUUGGGAAGAGGGUGAUUUGUCCGUGAAUGAUUGGUUUUCGAACACGAAACCGCUUUCCACUUCGACGUCAUCCAAUCCACAGUCAUCAUUAUCGCCUUCGAAAGAAUCGGUGCCUAAACGACAAGACGAGUCACAACAACAGAACGAGCAGCAAGCGACGUCCAAAUAUCAACAAAGUUCAUAUCAGUGCCAGCAACGAUACAGUCAAUAUUCCUAUGAUUCAGUAGAAGAUUCGUAUCAGCCCUGGAGUGUACAAAAUCCAGAUCAAUUUUUGAAAGGAAAUCCAAAGUACCGACAAAAUUACAGUUAUGAGAAUCAGAACAAGAGAAAGAAUUGGAAUGGGACAAAGAAUGCUGCAAAUGAUGGCAAUCAGAGCCGGAAUCCGAAUGGGUAUCAGGGAUCGAGAAAUGGAAACCCGUCUCAUAAUUCAAGUGGACGCCAGAAUCGCAGUUAUUAUCACCAACCUAAUCGUAGAGGUCAGUACAGGGGCAAUAAUCGUUAUAAUCAGCAACCAAAAGCAAGAUGGAAUGAACAACAGCCUAAGCCACAGCACCAACAGCAAGUGGAUCAACUCCAGACACCGAAAGACAGUAGCUCGGGUAGUAGCAUAAAUAGUAUCAGUUGUGGUCCGGCAACGAAUAAUUUGACUAUUAUGGCUCCUGGUCCCAUUCUGCUCUCAUUUGCACCCGUUCAAGACGGCGAACGUCUCCGUGUCAAUCCAGGCGGCACCCGUAUGACUUCUGGAGCAUCGUCAACGGUUUUAGAAAUUAGUGGCAAUUCUACGGUCACGUUGACUCCAAUUGGUGGGCCACCGAGGAUGAGAGGCAGAGGUCGAGGGAGGCGUAUGGUGCAAAAACCGUCGGAGCGUGGUGCACCCAAGUCACCAACUGUUUACAAGUGGUAA